UGAAAGUGUUUCGAAUUUCGACAUGACGACAUUCGCGCGCAGUCGUUAUCGUGAUUUUGCCGAAUCUAGAGGUUCGAAGAGCGCGCAAACGACCGCGACGCGACUGCGAUCCGCGCCCGCGCCACUUAUGUGUUCGUUCCGCAGGAAGUGCACCCGUCGCAUGCUGAAGUCGAGUGUUUGAAAAACUAUGCUGAGAGUUGGUGUAUCGAAAAAUUUUCGGAGACGCAAAUUAAAAAGGUGAUCGGUGCAUCUUAAACUGGAUGGAACUUUGUGUGAUGUGCUAGCUGUUUUGACAAGCUGUCAGCGGGCGCCAAGCUGGGGUCGGACGAGGCGCUGGACGCCUCCGCGCAUGCGCAGCAACUGCAGACGAUGACAUCCACAAUGGGAAUAAUGACACUCAGCCGCGGCCCGUGUGACCUCGACAAUAUGAGUCUGUUCCAAGACCUCAAACUAAAGAGGCGGAAAGUUGACUCUAGAUGUAGUAGCGAUGGCGAGUCAGCCGCCGACACCAGCACGUCGUCGCCGGACCCGGGCCCGCCAUCACCGCGCAUGGCGGAGGCCGGCUGCAGUACGCCGCCGCAUCCCCCGCCCGUGUUUGACGGCGGCGGUUCACCGUCGCCAUCGCCAGCUUGCCAUCCCACCGUUAUUCGCUCGGCACCACCUUACUCGGUCAUCAAAUUUGAGGGAACACCAUCCGCAGUAAAAGUUGAAAACUCACAAUCCAGCGUUAAGCAUGAUGCACCUUCACCUUCUCAACUAUCAUCAGUGAAGUUAGAAACAUGCCAACCGGAACAGCCGCAGCCAUAUAGACCGAGACCGCUUGCGCCUCCUCCACAGGGUUCACAUUCAUCACUCUCACCAGGGCCCUGGCCGCCUGCAGCCUGUUUAAAUGGUGUUAAGCCAGAAUUAAUAGGAGGACAUUUCCCAACGCAACAAUUAGAACCUAAGACUGGGGCCCGAGGACCAGGACAAUGGCGCGGAACACCUGCCGUAAUUAUGGGAGAAUCUGGAGGUGUGAGAACGAUGUUUUGGACACUACCAGCGCCCACAACGAGCGGGGAACCAGCAGCCAGUGCAUCCCAUACGCCUACCCCACCUACGCCAGAUCCAGCAACCUGUAGUGAGGAGUCAGCCGCUAGGUUGUUGUUAAAUCUUGGAGAAUUGAGGCGGCCGCGAGGGCCUCCAUUAAACAUGGAAUUACUGUGGGCUGGUGAUGUUUCACAGCUACCAGCGCAUCAACAGUUACAUGCAUUAAACUUAAGUGCGGCAGCAGGCGGUAUGCCAGGUGCUUCACCAGUUGCAGGAGCCAGUACAUUGGCUCUUCCGAGACCAGAAUUACGGGCUUACGCUCCAGAAGCGGAGCGUGAUGAAGACGAGCAACCUAUGAUCUGUAUGAUUUGUGAAGACAAAGCAACAGGACUACAUUAUGGCAUAAUUACAUGUGAAGGGUGCAAAGGUUUCUUCAAAAGAACUGUGCAAAAUCGACGUGUAUAUACCUGUGUCGCGGAUGGUGGUUGUGAAAUUACAAAAGCACAACGCAAUAGAUGUCAAUAUUGCCGGUUUAAAAAAUGCAUCGAGCAAGGAAUGGUUUUACAAGCGGUACGUGAAGAUAGAAUGCCUGGUGGCCGAAAUAGUGGUGCCGUCUACAACCUGUAUAAAGUUAAAUACAAAAAGCACAAGAAGGCAAAUAAGUCAGCGACGACAACCAGUAGGGCAUCACCUCCUGUGAAACCUAAGGAACCAUUGCCUCCCCUCCCACCGCACCUCGUUAAUGGUGAAAUAUUAAAGACUGCACUCACCAACCCUAGCGAGGUGGUUCACCUAAGAGCACGACUGGAAAGCGCCGUAUCCUCAUCCCGAGAUCGUGCUAUACCUCUAGAGAGAGCGUUGCACAUGAUCAAAGCGUUGAUAGACUGCGAUGCCAUGGAGGACAUUGCGACCGUCCGGCAUUUACCUGACUUACUCCAUGACACCUCAGAGAUUGGCGACAAGCUUUGCAAAAUAGGUGACUCAAUUGUACACAAAAUGGUGGCGUGGACGAAGAAACUUCCAUUUAUAAUGGAAAUACCAAUGGAAAUCCAUUCAAAAUUACUUAUGGAGAAAUGGCACGAGAUCUCAGUACUGACGACGGCGGCAUACCAAGCGAUGCACGGGAAGCAUGCGCACGCGCCGCCUUCGUCGGACCAUGAACAUGAUUUUAUGCAAGAGGUAAACGCAAACCUGCGCACGUUGCAAAACUGCUUAACCUCUCUGAUGGGUCGGCCCAUAACCCUGGAACAGCUCCGGCUGGACGUGGGCCUCGUGGUGGAGAAGAUGACGCAGAUCACGUGUGUCUUUAGGCGGAUCCAGCUGAGGAUGGAGGAAUAUGUGUGUCUGAAGGUCUACAUACUCUUGAAUCAAGAAGUGGAACUGGAGAGCAUCCAAGAUAGAUACGUGCAGGUUCUACGUAGCUAUUUGGAGCAUAUCACGCCCCACCAUCCUGGAAGACUCCAGGAACUGUUCGCUAGGAUACCAGAGAUCCAAGCUGCGGCGAACUUGUUGCUCGAGAGCAAAAUGUUCUAUGUUCCCUUCGUGCUGAAUUCUGCCGAAAUUAGAUAGUAUAUGGCUCAACAAGGGGUAUAGUUCUCGAUGUACGAGAGGCUCACCCCGCGCCCGAGCCCCCGCCGCACCCUCGUCUUAUGAUCGCCGCACAUCACACCAGCCUGUGUUCAAAACUACGAUCCAGCACAAGAGUUCGUACAAAUAAUACUCGGGCAUAGACAAACGCCGUCCCCGCGGAAAAUACCUGUUCCUAAUUCAAAAAUAUAAAUGUCACACAACGUGGGAGAUGACAAAAAGAAUACCAAAGCCGCUGUGUUAACAUCGGAUGGGAAUUGGAUGGAGUUCGAAUGGGAUUGGGUAUGCAAAACAAUAAAGGAAUUUUCACCCGAGUGCAUCUGAUCUUCGCUAUGUCAAUACUGAGGAAGUGUGCAGACGGUCAAUUUAAUACAAUGAAUUGAGUUUACUUCUCCGGCGAGUGACAGUGUGAGGACAGUGCGGUACUUUAUAUAUCGUUGUUGAGUCGAUGUGUGUAUUGGUUAUAUUGUUUAGUAGAGGAAUUAAAACGUCCCAAUUGACAGACUGAUUUAUUAUAAAAUACUUAGCAAUUAGGUAAAAGGGACUUGAAUGCGUGUUUUAUAUGGUAGUGUAUACUACAUAGUGUUAAAUAGAUUAAAUAUAUAAUAAUGUUACUAUUUAAAUAAUGUCAGACGAAGAAUUGCAUAAUAUAUUAUUUCUGUAAAUAUAGAUUAAUGUUAACAUGUAAAGAAGUUGUUUUAGACAGAUUUGUUUCUUGUAAAUGAAAUAUUGCUGUUUUAAUUUGCAUUUUAUAUCGUGUAGGUUUAACCAGUAAACUAAUUCGCUGGGUGUGUAUCACGGAAAAUUUUAAUUUAAUUUUUGUAUGACCUGUUCUUAAUAAUAAGUAGCACUAAGUACCUACUCUCAGUGUUUACCAAGACUGCUUGUAUACUGUUUAUACACUAAAAAUAGCGUGGAUUCGCUCAGUUCUCAUAGUCACAAUUUAUGCAUUUUUGUGAAUAUUUUCGCAUAACACUUGAGCAUCAUAUAUUUUUACGUUCUUAAAUAAUCACUUCAAACCUUAUUCUGGUCUAACUAGAUGUAAGUAACCGGCGGAACACGUACGUUUGUAAAUAUACGUGGUAGGUUUGCGGAGCAACAACCAAGUUACACUUUGCGUCUUUUUUUUUACUUAUCUUGUACUUUGCUUCCUUAAAUGUGUUCAGAUGUAAUUUGUGCUCAAUGCGUCAUUGUUUUCAUGUCAUAUAAUUAUCAUUUUGCAUAUUGUUAUCACGUCGCCAUCAACACAUUUUCUAAGCAUCCCUUCUGUAUAUAAGUAUAUAAAUUGAAAAUGAGCAUCUCGUCUUCUUUCGAAUUAAAAAUUUGGCAUUAUCUUUAUCAUUACCAACAAUUAAUACUUCAACAAUUUUGUCAAUGCCGUAAAAAGUUAUUUCAACAUAAUCAUAGUCAUUUUGAUCAUAAUAAUCAUACUCAUGGUAUAGAGCGCACAACUAACCUUCAUAUUGCGAUCAAAAUUAUAUGUGUAUAAAGUCAUAUACAUACUUAUAAAUUUGUUUUCAUACAAUACGUAAAUACGUUAAAAGUCAGUAUAGAAAUAGAAAAAAAGGAUCAAAGAACUAUCACCCAAUAUUCGAGACUUUUCUACUAAUCUAACACUGUCUAUGGUCACUGCCUUUUUUAAAGUUAUUUGCCGUUAUCGUUUAUAACUUGUAUUAAUCGUUAAUAUUAAAAUUGUAAAACAUAAACGUUCCAACAACGGUGAACAGUUACCAUUAGCUAUAGGGAGGCGGUUACGCCCUGUUAAAAUUAAGUAAUUACAACCAAAAAGUUCGUUCUAAGGACUUAGGUUCUAGAUAAUUAAAUAUGCCUUAGCAUUAUUAUGCCGAUGUCGUCAUGGAGACAAUACUAUGUCUACGACAAUCAUUACAGCACGUUUAAUGCAGUAUUAAGAAUAAAUAUAUUCUGAUUAAAAACUUUUUAAGCAACAUACUUCAUUGCUGUAAACGUUUAGUUCAUGAGAUAGAGAUGAUUAUGGUUCUCUGAGUAAAAAAAAUAUCUAUUAUCUCUCAUACAGCAGAUGCAUACAUUAUAGCAUACAUUUCCUUUCUUAUCCUCAACACGUGAACUAUUAAAGUAUAUGCAGUAUGCAUAGUAAUAACUCAUGUAGUUUGAGUUAUUUACAAUACAUUUAAUUAAUGUCAGAUGACAGAAGUUGCAGUAACCAUUAUAAAUGAGCACUAACUCGCUUAUAAUUGCCCUUCGAUUGUUCGAAGCGGUAAAGACAGUCAACCUGGAAGAUAUUACCGUCCCUUCUACAAAAGGAAUUUGUAGCUUAACCUUAAUCUAACUAUUUGAAACAGUUUAUAAUUGAAGGGUUAAUACUUUUAUAGAAUCCUGUUACCUGAAUGAGCGACACACGUCCGUUCCUCAACGUGUUACCAUUAGUUAAGUGUUAGUGUUAUUAAAUGUGUUUUUUGUAAAUUGUAAUAUUAGUUUGAAUACAACCAGUUACAAUACUGCCAUCAAAUGCCUAAAUAGUUUUCAAUUAAUUUUGUUAAACUUUAAAUAAGUACGUUUUAAUUUAAGUUUAUGAAGUUGGUGAAAUUAUUAGUUAAAUGUGAUAGCGGAAUGGUGGCAGUCGGCGACUUGGUCACCCGAGCCGACUGCGCGCCGGUCUGCUCGGUCUCAUACAACCGUGAGGGUUCGCCUUUAGCUUGGGUGCAAUCCCCACGACAAUUGGAUAUAUUAUAUUUAUUUAUUAUUUUUUCUAACUUAAUUAUAAUUAAUUAGUUCAUAAAAACACCAUCCGAACGACGGUGUUAAAUCUAAAGUCUGAGGUAAAGAUGCCUUUAUAGAUUUUUAAACAUGUAUCGACGGGAAUCGUAAAUAAAUGUUAACGAGAAUCGUGCAUCGUUCUAAUGUGUAAAUGAUAAUGUAAGUAAUAUUGACACUUAUUUUGUUAGUAUCAUAAUCUUAAGGCGAAACUAACGGCAGUGUAUCAAAUUGGAAGUAGACGUAUAAGGAUGUUAUUGGCGUUGUACAAAGGAUAGUAUUGUUAGUAAAUAAAAACCAAUUGGCGCAUUACUGGCGAGUACCUAAUUAGUUGAUAGUACAUGAAGAGCCCACAGAGGCUACGCAUCCAUUAUGUAAAUACAAAUUAAUGAAUUAUAAGAUGGCCACUCGCGUUUUGUUACUCUUCUAAUUGUUUCGCUACUGUAUACAGCUUCUUUGCAUUUUCAAUCUGUUACAAUGUUAAAAUCUGUCAAAUUAUGCGCGAUACUCUGCGGUUAGUACAAUAGGUGAAGAAAUAUAUCUUACUGACGGCUGGUUUACAAACCAUGUACAAUGUAAUUUCAUGUUUUCAUAAGUCAAAUCUUAAAUCUCUUCUUCCAAAGGUUCCCGACUAAAUAAAUUUGUAGAGAAAUAUUUUCUCAUAUUCUUACUCAUAACAUGACUCCAGGGUAUCGAGCACAUAGUCGCCGGUACACAAAAUUGACAGGUACCUAUAGUAGUAUAAAAUUAAUGAUUUGCAUCUGCUUGUUGUUUUGAUUUGAACGUGUAGAUAACGUCGUCCUAGCAUAUUUCGAAUGAUCACAGCAGGUUUUGAUACACUUGUGCCUGAUAACUAGUUAGAUUUCUACGCACUGUACUAAUUGCAUCACAAAAUCAGGGUUCGCCAAGAACAGGGUUUCAGCUUGAAUAAACUAUUUUGAAGAGGCUUACGUUAUCACUGGUAGCUAGCAUGGAUUUGCAACGGACUGCCGUGACAAAACACAUCACGUUUUGCAGAAAAUCGCACAUUAUCUUAUUGAAUAACAUUGUUAUAGGCACAAGUUGUUUGACCGAUUAGAUAAUACUGCGAAAAUAUUUUGACUGAUAAUAGUAAUUAAACAUAAUAAUGUUAAUAUAUUGUAAUGUAAGGAUGUAACAAAAACUUAAUGCAUUUCACGGUUUCUUUACAGUCCAUAAGAGAGUAAUUAGUUACGUCUAAGAUAUCUUGACGAAAUAUUUUCACAUUCAUAGCGUAAGGUUUGUUGUGUAUAAAAAUAGCGAUUCAUGAGUAUUUCGGGUAAAGGAAGGGUUAAAAUUGUGUACAUUAGACAUUGUAAUAAAAUAGUUAUGAGUGUAAAUCCGUAAGAGAAUAUAUAUUUGGAAACGUUGACGAGUGAUUGUUGUAUGUAAUUCGUGUCACAGAUGGAUAUUUGGACUCUAAGUACAUUUAUUAGAUUAUCUAUUCUACAAGUUAUACUUCAUGUUUUAUUCAAAUAACAGAUAAUUAAAUGUUUACGUUUACAUAAACAAACACGUUUAGCUUUUCAUUCUAAUUUAUUGGACACGAUUUUAUGGCAAUUGUCACUUUGGGGUAAACUAUAGUUUUAGUUAGUUCGUUUUGCUUUAAAAGUGAUUGUUUUCAAAUGUAUUUGUAUGUAAAAACUGUACAUUUUUAAUCGAUUUGACUCUUUUACGUCCCCCGAACGUCAGUGUUUUCUAAAAUAUUUGAUAGUCGUCAUAAUCGAUUGUAAACAUAAUAUUAUAAUAAUACAGGCUAAGAACAAUUGCUGUUAAAGCAGAAGUAAAACAAGGAUUAAUCUAAAUAAGUAUAGGGAAACACAUGUUACACGAUAUUUUUUUUACAAGCAGUAUCACAAAAAGUGCCUCUGAUAGACGCGCACGUUCUACAUAGCGACAAACUUUUUUAAAGAGUUCAAUAUGAGUGUGCUAUUUCAUAUGUUUAGUUGGACUCGCUCAAUAUCAAGACUUAUCGCUUCAGAACUAUCAUAUACUUUAAGUAUUAUUGAUAACUUAGAGUUGUAUGUUUACAUGUAGCAAAUCACAUUAGUUGCUGAUUGCAGUACUGUUCUCGAUGGAUCUAAGGCUGUUUAUUAUUCGACCAAGUUAAGAUGACUGUUAGUGGGUACUGAAUUGUAUGUUCUCGUUCGAGUGGUGCGCCGGUCGUUAGUCAAUCGAAAGUGUACGGUUUGCCAAGAGAAGUUACCUACAGUUGUGUUUAGUUAGCGAUGCAUAACGUGUUUGUACUUUAAUUUGUUUUUUAGUUGUACUCUUGGAAAUCAAUGGUUAAUAAUUUAAGAAAA